GCUGGUAAUUGGUUCGAAGGUUUCAGGCCGUAGAGAGACUAAAAAGACCUUACCUUACUUAACCCUCUUUUCUCUCUCUUCCCCUGUAUUUCUAUUCAUUUUCUCUCUGCAUUUCCUCCUCUUUCUCUCUCUACAUUUUCUCUCCUUGAAAAAAAUUUUAAAUAACAUACAUUAACAAUUAAGAUCCCUCAAAUUAAAGGAGCUAACUUUUUGUUUAAGAUCUCUUUUUUUUCUUUUUUUUUUUUUAAAUUUUCGAUUUGGGUUUUUUUUGACCUUUUUUCUUCUGGAUUUCAAGAGUACAAGCAUUGUGAUUAUCGUAGGAAUUGGUCAGAUUAACAAAUAGCAAGUAUCAUUCUGGGUUCAGGGAUUUGAUGUUCUUAGAAAUUGAGCUGAAAAUGGAAAGGGUGAGCUUCAAAGAGAGUAAAUUUCUAUAAUUAGGAUGUCUCAGCCGAGAAUUGAUUGAAUUGAAAAGAUUAUAUGGCUAAGGGUAGGAUUAGGGGAAAGAUUCGUCGGAGCCAUCUUUACACAUUUGCCUGUGGCCGGCCUCAUCCGACUCAGGAUCCGAACUCAUUACCUGAUGGACCUGGCUUUUCUCGAAUCAUAUACUGCAACCAAUCUGAUGUUCAUCGUAGAAAGCCUCUUAGAUAUAGGUCGAAUAACAUAACAACUACGAAGUACAACAUCAUUACAUUUCUUCCAAAGGGACUAUUUGAGCAAUUUCGUCGUGCUGCCAAUAUGUACUUUCUAUUGGCUGCUUGUUUAUCUGUCACCUCAGUUUCGCCCUUUGGCGCUGUUAGUAUGAUUGCUCCUUUGACAAUUGUGGUUGGGCUUACAAUGUUUAAGGAAGCUGUGGAGGAUUGGCGUAGGUUUAUUCAAGAUAUGAAGGUUAAUAGUAGAAAAGUUAGUGUUCAUAAAGGCGAUGGUGUUUUCAAGGAUACACAGUGGCAGAAGGUUUGUGUUGGAGAUGUGGUAAAAGUGAAGAAGGACGAGUUUUUCCCGGCAGAUUUAUUGCUGCUGUCUUCGAGUUAUGAGGAUGGAAUUUGUUAUGUUGAGACUAUGAAUUUGGAUGGUGAAACUAACUUGAAAAUAAAGAGAGCCCCAGAAGUAACUUCACCAAUGGAUGAUGACUCCUCAUUCAAGGAGUUCAAGGGAGUUAUCAAAUGUGAGGACCCAAACCCAAAUCUUUACACUUUUGUCGGUAAUUUGGAGUAUGAGCGUGAGGUUUUUCCUAUUGAUCCAAAUCAGAUUCUUCUAAGGGACUCAAAGCUAAGAAACACUGCUUUUGUGUAUGGAGUGGUUAUUUUCACGGGACAUGACAGCAAAGUGAUGCAAAAUGCGACAGAAUCCCCUUCAAAAAGAAGUGGAAUAGAAAAGAAGAUGGACCAUAUCAUUUACAUUCUUUUCUCUGUGCUUGUGUUGAUCUCCUUGGCUAGUUCAGUAGGAUUUUCUGUGAGGACCAAGUAUGAAAUGCCAAAAUGGUGGUAUUUGAGGGCCCCAGACUCUGAGGGCUUGUAUAAUCCUAAUAAGCCAGCAUUAUCUGGUCUUUUCCAUCUUGUCACUGCACUCAUUCUAUAUGGGUACUUAAUCCCAAUCUCGCUGUAUGUUUCCAUAGAGUUUGUGAAGUUUCUGCAAGCCAUCUUUAUUGACCAGGACAUACACAUGUAUGAUGAAGAGUCGGGUACGCCAGCACGGGCGAGGACAUCAAAUUUAAAUGAGGAAUUAGGCCAAGUUGACACUAUCCUGUCUGACAAAACUGGUACUUUAACAUGUAAUCAAAUGGACUUCCUCAAGUGUUCUAUUGCGGGUGUUGCGUAUGGGACACGUUCUAGUGAAGUUGAACUUGCUGCUGCUAGGCAGAUGGCUCAGGACCUGGAAAAUCAAACUGUGGAAAAUACUAGAUUUAAAAGGCCAGAAAUAGAGUUGGAGACUGUAAUAACUUCCAGAGAUGAAAGAGACCAUAAACCUGCAAUCAAGGGCUUCAGCUUUGAGGAUGAUCGGCUUCUUGGUGGCAAGUGGAUGAAUGAGCCUAAUCGGGAGACCUUGUUGUUGUAUUUCCGUAUCCUCGCCGUCUGUCAUACUGCUAUCCCUGAGUUGAAUGAAGAGACUGGUACUUACACCUAUGAAGCAGAAUCCCCAGAUGAAGCUGCCUUUCUUGCAGCUGCUAGGGAAUUUGGUUUCGAGUUUGUCAAAAGAACUCAAUCAGCUGUUGUUGUUCGAGAGAGGUAUCCUAACUACGAGAAACCUGUUGAAAGGGAGUAUAAAAUUCUCACUUCAUUGGAUUUCACAAGCAAGAGAAAGCGUAUGUCUGUAAUUGUGCGCGAUGAAGAGGGCCAGAUUCUUCUCUUUUGUAAAGGAGCAGACAGUAUAAUUUUUGAUCGCCUCUCAAAGAAUGGAAAAAUGUAUCUGGAAGACACUACCAGGCAUCUCAAUGAAUAUGGAGAUAAUGGGUUGCGUACAUUAGCCCUUGCUUAUAAGAAGCUUGAAGAGUCUGAAUUUUCUGUUUGGAAUGAUGAGUUUAUGAAAGCGAAAAGCGCCAUUGGAGGUGAUAGGGAUGCCAAUCUGGAACGGGUUUCAGACAUGAUGGAGAGAGAUUUAAUUCUUGUAGGCGCCACUGCUGUCGAAGAUAAGCUGCAGAAAGGAGUGCCUGAAUGUAUUGAUAAACUUGCACAAGCUGGUCUCAAGCUCUGGGUUCUCACUGGUGAUAAAAUGGAAACUGCCAUUAAUAUUGGUUUUUCAUGCAGUCUUCUACGUCAGGGCAUGAAGCAGAUAUGUAUAUCAACUGCGAAUGUUGAAGGAACUGCCAAUGAUUCUAAAGAGGCAAUCAAAGAGAAUGUUUCAUUACAAAUCACCAACGCCACUCAGAUGAUUAAACUUGAAAAGGACCCACAUGCUGCGUUUGCAUUGAUCAUUGAUGGGAAAAGCUUAACAUAUGCUCUAGAAGAUGAUAUGAAGUACUACUUCUUGAGUCUAGCUGUUGAGUGUGCAUCUGUUAUUUGCUGUCGUGUCUCUCCCAAGCAAAAGGCAUUGGUAACGAGGUUGGUCAAAGAAAGGACUCGGAAAACCACUUUGGCCAUUGGUGAUGGUGCCAAUGAUGUUGGAAUGAUUCAAGAAGCUGAUAUAGGUGUGGGAAUUAGUGGGGCCGAAGGUAUGCAGGCUGUGAUGGCGAGUGAUUUUUCCAUUGCCCAGUUUCGGUUUCUGGAAAGAAUUUUGCUUGUACAUGGACACUGGUGUUACAAAAGAAUAGCUCAGAUGAUUUGCUACUUUUUCUACAAGAAUAUAGCUUUUGGUCUCACACUGUUUUACUUUGAGGCCUUUGCUGGCUUUUCUGGGCAAACGAUCUACGAUGAUUGGUAUUCCCUCUCCUUCAAUGUAAUCCUCACCUCGUUGCCUGUCAUUUCACUUGGAGUUUUUGAACAAGAUGUUUCUUCAGACGUCUGCUUGGAGUUUCCAGCACUGUAUCAGCAAGGCCCAAGAAACCUAUUUUUUGACUGGUAUAGGAUAUUUGGGUGGAUGGCAAAUGGCGUCUACACAUCUAUCGUAAUAUUCUUCUUCAACAUCAUCAUCUUCUACAAUCAAGCAUUCCGUUCUGGAGGCCAAAUUGCUGACAUGUCAGCUGUUGGGACCAUCAUGUUCACCGGAAUCAUAUGGGCCGUCAAUUGUCAGAUCGCCCUCACGAUGAGCCACUUCACAUGGAUUCAACACUUGCUCAUAUGGGGUAGCAUAGGAAUGUGGUAUAUUUUCCUCUUGAUCUAUGGUGCAAUGCCUUCAACCGUCUCCGGGAAUGCCCAUAUGCUGCUGGUAGAGGCCCUUGCACCUGCACCCAUAUACUGGACGACAACUCUCUUGGUUACGGUAGCUUGUGUUCUCCCGUAUUUCGCCCACAUCGUGUUCCAACGAACAUUCAAUCCGUUGGAUCACCAUAUAAUCCAAGAGAUCAAGUACUACAAGAAGGAUGUCGAGGAUCAAACAAUGUGGGUCAGAGAACAAUCGAAGGCAAGGCAAACGACUAAGAUUGGUUUCACUGCACGCGUAGAAGCCAAAAUCCGACAAUUGAAAACCAGGCUGAACAAGAAGCACUCUGGAACAACCACCCCUGUAUCAUAAUUAACCAUUUUCACCAUAUUUUCUUUCACUAUACAUUCCCCAUUUUGGUAGAUCUAAGGGCUUUGGUUUUUUUUUUUUUUGGUUUUCUUUUUCAUAAUUUUUUGAUUCAUACAUUAGGAAUUUUCUUGGUAUGUGUGUGUCCCAUAUGUAUUCAUUAAACAUGAGCUUUUGAAAGCUUUUGUAUGUAGAAUAUUUAUACAAGUAAAUCAAUAGUACAGUUUGUGAAUUACUUAA